CUAGCUUCUUUUAGUUAGGCCCGCUUAUAUUUUACCCUUGCGUGUUCUAUAACUAUAUUGGGCAACAUGAAUCGAGCAUCAAUCGUGCAAGUUUUUUUUCCAGCUUUGAGAUCGAAAAUAAUAAAUUGUGGUCUAAAUUCGAUAUUUUCUAAACAAAGUGUUAUACCCAAUUACCUUGGCUUACGUAAUACAAGUUUUUUUAACAAACUUCCUGCUGAAGAUAUUUGGCGUGGAGUAACUGCGGUUAGUAAUGCUGGAAAAAAAAGAGGUCGUGGAAAAGGAAGUGGAAAGAAAGUAGCAAAGGAUCUAAACAAAGGACAAACUAUCGGCUAUGGAAAAAACAAUCGUAUAUGGCCUGGAUUAAAUUCACCUAUCAUGCGUGGAAAUGAACUUAUUUACCAGCAGAAACUUGACGAAAACUUAGAUAGAGAAACAGGAAUAUUAAAAUUACGUGAUACAAUGGGAAAUUUCAGGUUGAUAAAGUUAAAUCCAAUAGAUCGAGGUUGGUCUGGAAGUAAAAUGCCUGGAAGAAGUAUUGGACAGCCUGAUACUGUUGGUGAGGAAGAGUUUACCUCAUUUGAUACACGAGUUUUGGAAAACAAAAUUGUAUUUAUUAUGAAAGGAAAUAUGGGUAGGAAACGUAGAUAUUCUGUCUUAUCGGUAACGGGAAAUGGUAAAGGCUUAGCCGGAUUUGCUACUGCUAAAGCGCCAGAAGCUCGAACUGCUCUUCGAAAGUCGAAAAAUCGAGCAGGACAAAAACUAAUCAAUGUAAGCCUCUGUGAAAACAGGACUAUUUAUCAUGAUUUUAGUACAGAUUUUGGAAAAACGAAGAUUUAUUGUUUUCAAAAGCCUCAUGGAUACGGCUUAGUGUGCCAUCGGGCAAUACAAACAAUUUGUAAAGUUAUAGGUAUAAAAGACUUAUAUGCCAAAAUUGAGGGUUCUACAAACCUACAGCAUAUUGUAAAAGCAUUUUUUAUAGGUCUAAUGACACAAAGGUCUUAUCAAAAUAUUGCUAAUGAAACUAAUUUUAACAUUGUUCAGAAGCAAAAUACAAGAAAUAGGCUAACUGAAGUAAAGGGAAUUCCGUUUUUGAAUUCAACUCAGGCGCAAAGUAAUCAAGAAGUUGACUAUAUGCAUUUUACAUUGGGAAAUAAAAUAGUUUUAAAAAAAAAUGGCGUUUUACCAUUUUAUGUCAAUUCAAAAGGACACGAUCUGCGUCGAAUUAAAUCAGAGCGAUUUCGAAACCAACCAAAGGUUCGACUACACAAGUUAAUAAAUUCAUAUGCUUAAAUAAAAAAUGUAUGUGUA